UGAUUUUCCAGCACAGAACAGCACAAGCAGAUAGUUGUACUCUGGUACCUUUUAUACCCUGUUCCUGAGUUCACCAAGACUCUAGAGCACCAUGCUACUGCCGAACAGCACAAGUCUCCAGUCGCUGCUAGUCUCUCUCCUGGAGUUCCUCAACAGCACGUCAGUGGGUCCGUCCCCUGCUUCCUCUGCUUCUACUGUCCACCCAGCCCUCUCCCUGCCUCUGGUCCAGGGUCAGAUCAAGGGUCAAGCCCAAGGACAGGGCAUGAUCUACAUCUUCCUGGUGGUGGGACUGUUCAGCUUCUUCACCUUCGGCAUCAUGAUGAGCUAUAUUCGCUCCAAGAAGCUGGAGAACUCCCAGGACCCGUACCACCAAUAUAUUGCCCGCGACUGGGCCAGUCCUCUCACGCCACCCUCGCUUACAUUCAAGCAGACGCUGAGAGGGGCAGACCCGAGGAAGGACCCGCUGGUUAUCGCCAACCCUACUACAAUGGAGCGUCUCCCAGGCUGAGGGGGGGGGAACACUGGAAACUGGGCGAGCGUGUGUAUUUGUGUAUGAACUGGUUGCAGCUCCUCAGCAUACACUCAAGUUCAAAUAUAUGCAAUAUGCAAUUUAACACUGUGUAGGAGGA